AUGUCUACCAUAAUAAAUUCUAAUUCAAACGAUUCUCAGUAUGAUCACUCGAAACUUUCAAGCCAUUUCAUUGGCUUGAAUACAGUAGAGACUGCCCCUGAAUCCGAAGUCAAAGACUUUGUAAAAUCACACGGUGGCCACACAGUAAUUCAAUCGGUUCUUAUUGCAAAUAAUGGUAUUGCUGCUGUUAAGAAUAUCCGAUCAGUCAGAAAGUGGGCUUACGAAACAUUUGGCAACGAACGAGCCAUUUCUUUCACUGUCAUGGCAACUCCUGAAGAUUUAGAAGCCAAUGCUGACUAUAUCAGAAUGGCUGAUCAAUACGUCGAGGUCCCUGGAGGAACAAAUAAUAACAACUAUGCCAAUGUUGAAUUGAUUGUUGAUAUUGCCGAAAGAUACAAUUGUCAAGCCGUUUGGGCUGGUUGGGGUCAUGCAUCUGAAAAUCCUCUUCUUCCUGAAUCUUUAGCUGCUUCUCCUAAAAAGAUCAUUUUUAUUGGACCUCCAGGCUCGGCCAUGAGAUCCCUCGGUGACAAAAUUUCUUCCACAAUUGUUGCACAACAUGCUAAAGUUCCUUGUAUUCCAUGGUCUGGUACUGGUGUCGAUGCUGUUGACAUUGAUUCCAAUACUGGCCUUGUCUCUAUUUCAGAUGAAGUUUACAAAUUAGGGUGCUGUUUAGGUCCUGAGGAUGGCCUUGAAAAGGCCAAAAAGAUUGGAUUUCCAGUCAUGAUUAAAGCUUCCGAAGGUGGUGGCGGUAAAGGUAUUAGAAAAGUUGAUGAUGAGAAGAAUUUUGUUUCUCUUUACCACCAAGUUGAGGGCGAAAUCCCCGGAUCUCCUAUUUUUAUUAUGCAACUUGCUGGAAAUGCCCGUCAUUUAGAAGUUCAACUGCUUGCAGAUCAAUAUGGAAACAAUAUUUCACUUUUCGGUAGAGAUUGCUCGGUUCAACGACGACAUCAAAAAAUUAUUGAAGAAGCCCCUGUUACAAUUGCAAAUCCCCAAACCUUUACUGCGAUGGAGAAGGCAGCAGUCCGUCUUGGAAAACUUGUUGGCUAUGUUUCUGCCGGUACUGUGGAGUAUUUAUAUUCCCACCAUGAUGAUAAAUUUUACUUUUUAGAAUUAAACCCUCGUCUUCAAGUCGAACACCCCACAACUGAAAUGGUCACUGGUGUAAAUCUCCCAGCUGCUCAACUUCAAAUAGCUAUGGGAUUGCCAUUGCACCGCAUUCGUGAUAUUAGAUUAUUCUAUGGUGUUGAUCCUCAUACAUCUACUCCUAUUGAUUUUGACUUUUCUUCGGAAGAAUCGCUGAAAACUCAACGCCGCCCAGUUCCUCGUGGUCACACCACUGCAUGCCGUAUAACAUCUGAAGAUCCUGGUGAAGGAUUUAAACCAUCAAGUGGAAUGAUGCAUGAAUUAAAUUUUAGAUCUAGCUCCAAUGUUUGGGGUUAUUUCUCUGUUGGUAAUCAGGGUGGUAUUCACUCGUUUUCUGAUUCGCAGUUUGGCCAUAUUUUUGCUUUUGGCGAAAAUAGAAAGGCAUCACGUCAGCACAUGGUUGUUGCUCUUAAAGAGCUUUCUAUUCGUGGUGACUUUAGAACAACUGUUGAAUAUCUAAUUAAACUUCUUGAGACUCCUGAUUUUGAACAAAAUACUAUUACUACUGGUUGGCUUGAUGAACUUAUUUCUAAGAAGCUUACUGUUGAGCGACCUGAUAUGUUUGUAGCUGUGAUCUGUGGUGCCGCUACCAAGGCCCACAUUGCUGCUGAGGCAAACCUUGAGGAAGUUAGACAGUCACUUGAAAAAGGUCAAGCACCCUCAAAAGAUACAUUGAAGUCAAUUUUCACUAUCGAUUUUAUUUAUGAAGGGCAAAGAUUUAAGUUUACUGCUACCCGCUCAUCAAUUGAUGCCUACACACUGUUCAGCAAUGGUUCUAAAAUUGAUGUAGGUGUCAGAGCCUUGAUCGAUGGUGGCAUCCUUGUUUCCGUCGGUGGAAAGUCUCAUAGUGUUUAUUGGAAAGAAGAGGUUGGUGCUACCCGUCUUUCUAUAGAUUCUAAAACAUGCCUUUUAGAGGUUGAAAGCGAUCCUACUCAACUCCGAACACCAUCCCCUGGUAAGCUUGUUAAGUUUUUGGUUGAAAACGGUGAACAUGUUACUGCAGGCCAACCUUAUGCUGAGGUUGAAGUCAUGAAGAUGUAUAUGCCAUUAGUUGCUCAGGAAGAUGGUGUUGUUCAACCUAUUAAACAACCUGGUUCUACUCUUCAAGCUGGUGAUAUUCUUGGAAUUUUAGCUUUAGAUGAUCCGUCUAAGGUAAAGCUUGCCAAACCAUUUGAAGGUCAAUUUCCUGAUAUGGGUGCUCCAACUGUAGUUGGUACCAAACCCUUCCAAAGAUUUGAUCUUUUGUAUAAAACUCUGAAAAAUAUUUUGACUGGUUUUGAUAAUCAAGUUGUUAUGAAUCGCACUGUUAAGGAGCUUAUUGAAGUUCUUCGCAACCCUGAUUUACCUUUUGGACAGUGGUCUCAACAAGCUUCUGCUCUUCAUUCUCGAAUCCCGCAAAAAUUAGAUGCUCAACUUUCUUCUCUUGUUGAGAAAGCCAAAUCACGAAAAGCAGAGUUUCCUGCGAGACAACUUCUUAAGGCUCUUGAUAAGUUUAUCCCUCAAGACUCUAGUGAUGCUUUUAUCUUUAACCAAGCAAUUGAACCUCUUGUUUCUAUUUGUAACCAGUAUUCUGAUGGUCUUGCUGCCCAUGAGUUCAAAGUUAUUAACAGUCUUUUGGAGGAAUAUUAUAAUAUUGAAAAGUUAUUUUCGCAUCCUAAUCUGAGAGAUGAAGAUGUAAUUCUACGUCUUAGAGAUGAACAUCGUGAUGACAUCAAGUUUGUUCUUAUGACUAUUCUUUCACAUAGUCAAGUUGGUGCCAAGAAUAAUCUUAUUCUUGCAAUUUUCAAUGAGUAUCAGCCUUCCACUGUUGAUAGUGCUAAUAUUGCUAAAUAUUUAAGACCAUCUCUUAAGAAUAUUGUCGAACUGGAGUCACGCUCUACUCAGAAGGUCGUUUUGAAAGCUCGUGAAAUCCUUAUUCAGUGCUCUCUUCCAUCCCUCAAGGAAAGAUCUGAUCAACUUGAGCAUAUUCUUCGUUCUUCAGUUGUGGAAACUACUUAUGGUGAAAUUGGAUAUGAACGCCGUACUCCAAAGCUUGAUGCUCUUCGUGAGGUCAUUGAUUCUCGUUACACUGUCUUUGACGUUUUGGAUCAGUUUUUCACUCAUUCUGAUCCCUAUGUUGUUUUGGCUGCUCUUGAGGUUUAUGUUAGACGUGCUUGCCGUGCUUACACCAUUCUUGAGCUUAACUACCAUAACGAAACUGGAAACAAGCCAGCUAUUGCAUGGAAGUUUAAACUUUCUUCUGUUGCGCAGGCUGCUUUCAACACUAUGACCCAAACAUCAUCCGUUCCAGGUGGCAAAGAUAUUUCUCGUUCUCUUUCAGUUUCUGACCUUACCUUCAUGGCGGAUAAGUCAGAUCAGGACCCUGUUAGAACUGGUGUUAUCUCUCCUGCAUCCGAUUUUGAUGAAAUUGAAGAGGCACUUUCUAAUGCUAUUGAAUUUUUCCCUAGACGUUCUGGUGGUAUCGAAUUUUCAUCCGCUGCCCAAAGUUCGCUUGCUGCUCAAAGACGUCCACAGCCUUCUCAGUCUUCUAAGAUUUUAAGCAAUGUUCUUUCAAUCAUGGUCAAGACCGCUGAACAUCUUGAUGACGAUACUAUUCUUGGCCGUCUUCAAGAAGUUAUUGAUGAUUACAAGGAAGACUUGUUAAAUUCAAAUGUUCGUCGCGUUACUUUCGUCAUUGGUGAAGGCGUUGGAUCGUAUCCGAAGUAUUUUACUUUCCGUGGGCCAGAUUAUCAGGAACAUAAGACAAUUCGUCAUAUUGAGCCUGCCUUAGCUUUCCAACUUGAGCUUGGACGUCUUUCAAAUUUUAAUAUCAAGCCUAUUUUUACCGACAACAGAAAUAUUCACGUUUACGAGGCAACAGCCAAAAAUGCACCUACUGACAGAAGAUUUUUCACGAGAGGCAUUGUACGUCCAGGAAAACUUAGAGAUGAGAUUUCCACUUCUGAAUAUCUUAUUUCUGAAGCAAAUCGCUUGAUGUCGGAUAUUUUGGAUGCUCUGGAAGUCAUUGGAACUUCGAAUUCUGAUCUUAAUCAUAUUUUUAUUAAUUUUUCUGCUGUAUUUGCCCUUGCCCCUGAAGAAGUUGAGGCCGCUUUCGGUGGAUUUUUGGAACGAUUUGGCAGAAGACUUUGGCGACUUCGUGUCACUGGUGCUGAAAUCCGGAUUGUUAUUAACGAACCAUCAACUGGAAAAACCUACCCUCUUCGUGCUCUUAUUAACAACGUUUCUGGUUACGUUGUGGAAUCGGAGCUAUAUGCUGAAGUUAGAAAUGAAAAGAAUGAAUGGGUUUUCAAGUCGCUUGGUAAGCCUGGCAGUAUGCACCUUCGUCCUAUUAGCACCCCUUACUCCACAAAGGAGUCACUUCAGCCUAAAAGAUAUAAGGCUCAUCUUAUGGGAACUACUUACUGUUAUGAUUUCCCGGAUCUUUUCCGUCAAGCAAUUGCUUCUGCCUGGAAAAAGUUCCCCAACCUGAAAAUGCCUGAAGACUUUUUCAAUUCUAUUGAAUUAGUUUCUGAUGCGUCUGGAGAACUUUCCGAAAUUAACCGUGAACCCGGAACUAAUACUAUUGGUAUGGUUGCUUGGAAGAUUACGGCUAAAACACCUGAAUAUCCUCACGGCCGUAAGUUUGUCGUCAUUGCCAAUGAUAUUACUUUCAAAAUUGGUUCUUUUGGUCCCCAAGAGGACGCCUUUUUCAAUUCAGUUACUGAGCUUGCCCGCAAGGAAGGUAUUCCUCGCAUUUAUCUUUCGGCAAAUUCUGGUGCUCGAAUUGGAAUUGCUGAAGAAAUUCUGCCUUUGUUUUCUGUUGCUUGGGUUGAUCAACAGGAUCAAACGAAGGGUUUUAGAUAUUUUUAUCUCACCCCUGACGUUUACAACUCGUUGGUUUCUUCCGGAAAGAAAAGCUCUGUCAUUACUGAGCGCAUUGUUGAAGAUGGAGAAGAACGAUACAAGAUUAACACCAUUGUUGGGCUAGAAGAUGGUCUUGGUGUUGAAUGUUUGAGAGGAUCAGGCCUCAUUGCUGGUGCCACUUCUCGCGCUUACAAGGAUAUUUUUACAGUCACUCUGGUGACUUGCCGCUCUGUCGGCAUUGGUGCGUACCUUGUGCGCUUGGGACAAAGAUCAAUCCAAAUUGAGGGUCAGCCUAUCAUUCUCACUGGUGCCCCAGCCAUUAACAAGCUUCUUGGUCGCGAGGUUUACUCUUCCAAUCUUCAGCUUGGUGGUACACAAAUCAUGUACAAAAAUGGUGUUUCCCAUUUGACUGCUAAUGACGAUUUUGCUGGUGUUGAAAAAAUUGUGGAAUGGAUGUCUUAUGUUCCCGGUGCUCGCGACUUGCCGGUUCCUGUUCUUGAAACUGGUGAUAAUUGGGAUCGUGACGUUGAAUACACACCUACUCGCAACGAACCUUAUGAUGUCCGUUGGCUUAUUGCUGGGCGUGAAAACACCGAUGGUACCUUUGAAUCUGGUCUUUUUGAUAAGGGCUCCUUUUUUGAAACUUUGAGUGGUUGGGCUAGAGGUGUUGUUGUUGGUAGAGCACGUCUUGGCGGUAUUCCUUUCGGUGUUAUUGCCGUUGAAACCAGAACCGUUGACAAUGUUAUUCCAGCAGAUCCUGCUAACCCCGAUUCCACUGAAGUCACGCUGCAAGAAGCUGGUCAAGUUUGGUAUCCUAAUUCUGCUUUUAAGACCGCUCAAGCUAUUAAUGACUUUAAUCAGGGUGAGCAACUUCCUCUUAUGAUUCUUGCAAACUGGAGAGGCUUUUCCGGUGGUCAGAGAGACAUGUACAACGAAGUCUUGAAGUAUGGUUCCUACAUUGUGGAUGCACUUGUUAACUACAAGCAGCCUAUUAUGAUUUACAUUCCCCCUACAGGCGAGCUUCGUGGUGGCUCUUGGGUUGUUGUUGAUCCUACCAUCAAUUCCGACAUGAUGGAAAUGUAUGCCGAUGAAGAGUCCCGGGCUGGUGUUCUAGAGCCUGAAGGCAUGGUCGGUAUUAAAUUCCGAAAAGACAAGCUUGUUGCCACCAUGAAGAGACUUGAUAGUGUUUAUGCUGAUUUGACUCGUAAGAUUGAGGAAGCUCGGACUAGUGGUUUAUCCGAAGCAGAAGUCAAUGAGCUUAAGGAUAAACUUGCCGAGCGUGAAGAAAAUCUUCUUCCCAUUUAUCAACAGAUUUCUGUCCAGUUUGCUGAUCUUCAUGAUCGUGUUGGAAGAAUGGAGGCCAAGGGGGCUAUUCGCAAAGCUUUGACCUGGAGAGAAUCUAGAAGAUACUUUUUCUGGCGCAUUCGCAGAAGAUUAAAUGAAGAGUAUCUUAUCCAAAGAAUCAGUGAAGCUCUACCGCAGUCUACUCGUUUGGAACAAGUUGCCCGUUUGAAAUCUUGGUAUAGCUCUAAGAUUAAUGACAACGAUAAUGACAAGUCUGUUGCUUUGUGGCUUGAAGAAAAUCAUAAGUCUCUUGCCCAGAACAUUACUGCUCUGCGCAAAGAUAACACUACCUCUUAUAUCCUUUCACUUGCCAGAAAGAAUCGUGAUCAGACUAUUUCUAGUUUGGCCGAAGCAAUUAAGAAACUUUCUCCUUCUGACCGGGAAUCUCUUUUAAAGCAAAUUUAA